AUGACUCAGAACUACCAGAACAUCCUUGCCUUGAUAUUUGCCAUAAAGGAAAUCAAUGAAAAUGUGAAGAUCUUGUCCAAUGCUUCCCUUGGAUUUCACAUUUAUGACAACCAUAUGAAUACAAAGUGGAAUUACCAUUCUGCAAUGCAACUCAUUUCUCUAAGAGACAACUUCAUCCCCAACUACAAGUGCAAUACUCCGGGCCACCUUAUUGCUGUUAUGGAAAGAUUUGACUUGGAAUCUUCCCAACAGAUAAAAUACAUUUUGGACAUCUAUAAGAUUCCACAACUCCACCACUUUCUCAAACAAGUCUCUUUCAACAACAGUGCUGGGGAGAAUAUUUUUUUUGACCAGAAUGGAGUAUUAGUAACCGAUUUUGAUAUAAUAAACUGGGUCACAUUCCCAAACCAUUCUUUUGUCAGAGUAAAGGUUGGAAAGAUAGAUCCAAGGGCAUCUCUAGGUCAAGGAUUAAUUAUUAAUACAUCUGGCAUUGUAUGGCACAGCUGGUUUCAACAGGAGCAACCCAUUUCUAUGUGUAUUGAGAAAUGCCGUCCUGGUUACAGCAAACAAAAAAAAUUGGAGGACUUCAUCUGCUGUUAUGAUUGCAUUCCAUGUCCAGAAGGGAAGAUUUCUGACGAGAUUGACAUGAUUGAUUGUUCCCGGUGUCAAGAUGACCAUUAUCCCAACAAGGAUCGCAAUCAAUGCAUUCCUAAGAUUAUAACUUUUUUGUCUUAUGAAGAACCUUUAGGGCUUGGUUUAAGUAUUGGCGCUCUUUCUUUUUCUUUGGUCACAACUCUGGUGCUUGGAACUUUCAUAAAGCACCACAAUACUCCCAUUGUCAAAGCCAGCAACCAGACUCUUUCGUACACUCUUCUCGUCAGUCUUUUGCUCUGCUUCCUUUGUGUUUUGCUAUUUAUCGGACAACCCCAAAAAACAACAUGUCUCAUUCGCAAUAGUAUCUUUGCAAUUGUUUUCUCAAUGACCAUUUCAUUGGUGUUUGCCAAAACUGUCACAGUGGUUUUGGCUUUCAUGGUUACGACACCAUCAUCAAGAAUGGAAAAAUGGAUGAGUAAAGGAGUGGUUGCAGUAAUUGUUUUUUCUUGUACUCUUAUUCAGGUAAUCAUAUGUGUUAUAUUGCCAUCAAUUUCCCCUCCAUUUCUAGACUUUGACAUGCAUUCAGAAACUGAAACAAUCAUACUGACAUGUAAUAUAAGCUCAGUGGCAACGGCUUACAGUGGCUUUGCUUACAUGGUAUUCCAGGCCAUUGUCACUUUUAUUGUAGCUUAUCUAGCCAGGAACUUGCCCAGCAGUUUGAAUGAAGCUAAAUUUAUCACAUUCAGUAUGCUCAUCUUUUGCAUUGUAUGGGCAUUCUUUAUCCCAAUCUUUUUGAGCACCAAGGGAAAACAAAUGGUGGCUAUGGAGAUCCUUGCUAUCUUAGUUUCCAGUGCCGGAUUGCUAAGUUUCAUAUUUUUUCCCAAAUGCUUCGUUAUAGUUCUGAGGCCUGAACUGAACAAGAAGGGACACAUUUUAAAGAGAAACCAAUGGAAAACUAAAGUGACACUCUCCAUAGAGUGA